AUGAGGGACUCACGCGGACGUCGCUGGAGCUGCAUCUGGCCACCGCCAGGAGCAGUAGGAGCAGUGGUAGCCGCAGUAGCAAUAGCAGGCGAGGGCUCCGCGGCAGCUGCAGGGGCGGCUGCUCCAGGGGCGGCAGUUGUAGGGGCGGCUGCUCGAGGGGCGGCUGCUCCAGGGGCGGCUGCUGCAGAGGCGGGUGCUCCAGGGGCGGCUGCUGCAGGGGUGGCUGCUCCAGGGGCGGCUGCUGCAGUGGCGGCUGCUCCAGGGGCGGCUGCUGCAGGGGUGGCUGCUCUAGGGGCGGCUGCUGCAGGGGCGGCUGCUCCAGGGGCGGCUGCUGUAGGGGCGGCUGCUCCAGGGGCGGCUGCUGCAGUGGCGGCUGCUCCUGGGGCGGCUGCUUCAAGGGCGGCUGCUCGAAGGGCGGCUGUUGUAGGGGAGGCUGCUCCAGGGGCGGCUGCUGCAAGGGCGGCUGCUCCAGGGGCGACUGCUGCAGUGGCGGCUGCUCCAGGGGCGGCUGCUGCAGUGGCGGCUGCUCCAAAGGCGGCUGCUGCAGUGGCGGCUGCUCCAGGGGCGGCUGCUGCAGUGGCGGCUGCUCCAGGGGCGGCUGCUGCAGUGGCGGCUGCUCCAGGGGCGGCUGCUGCAGGGGCGGCUGCUCCAGGGGCGGCUGCUGCAGUGGCGGCUGCUCUAGGGGCGGCUGCUGCAGGGGUGGCUGCUCCAGGGGCGCCUGCUGUAGUGGCGGCUGCUCCAGGGGCGGCUGCUUCAGGGGCGGCUGCUCCAGGGGCGGCUGCUUCAUGGGUGGCUGCUCCAGGGGCGGCUGCUGCAGGGGAGGCUGCUCCAGGGGCGGCUGCUGCAGUGACGGCUGCUCCUGGGGCGGCUGCUUUAGGGGCGGCUGCUCCAGGGGCGGCUGCUGCAGGGGAGGCUGCUCCAGGGGCGGCUGCUGCAGGGGCGGCUGCUGCAGGGGCGGCUGCUGCAGGGGCGGCUGCUCCAAGGGCGGCUGCUGCAGUGGCGGCUGCUCCAGGGGCGGCUGCUUCAGGGGUGGCUGCUCCAGCGGCGGCUGCUGCAGGGGCGGCUGCUCUAGGGGCGGCUGCUGCAGUGGCGGCUGCUCCAAGGGCGGCUGCUUCAAGGGUGGCUGCUCCAGGGGCGGCUGCUUCAGGGGCGGCUGCUCCAGGGGCGGCUGCUUCAGGGGAGGCUGCUCCAGGGGCGGCUGCUGCAGUGGCGGCUGCUCCUGUGGCGGCUGCUGAAGUGGCGGCUGCUCCAGGUUCGGGUUAG